AUGGCAAUCAAAAGCGUCGCCAUAAUCGGCGCAGGCCCAGCAGGCGCCAUCGCCGUGGACGCCCUAGCCCAAGAAAAAGCAUUCGACGUGAUUCGCGUCUUUGACAGACAAGAAAAAGCCGGCGGAUGCUGGGUCUCAAGAGACGAUAAACCACCGCAGCACUUCGACUUGGACAGUCUAUCCGCACGAACAGCAGAUAAACCCUUGUCCAUCCCAGCAAAGUUGCCAUGCCGCACGCCAGUAGUCUCUCAAGACCGGUUCACAGAUUCACCCGUGUACCCAACACUAGAGACCAACGUGGACGCAGGCGCCAUGUCAUUUUCGCAGGAGGAUAUCCCUGCCGUGCGUUCUAAAUGGUCUAUCCAGCGGCAUGGGGUUGAUACGCCUUUCCGUCAUCAUUCUAUUAUCAGGAAGUAUGUUGAGGAUCUCUUCUUGGAGAAGGGGUAUGGGGGGGCUUUUGAACGGGCUGUCAAGGAUGCGGAUGGGACGUGGGUUCUGACAUUGAGAAAGACAGAGGUGGAGGCGGAUGGGGAAGGGGACAAGUCGGAUUAUUGGUGGGAGGAGGUUUUUGAUGCUGUUGUUGUUGCUUCUGGGCAUUAUGCUGUUCCUUAUAUUCCUGCUAUUCCUGGGUUGAAGGAGUUUGCUAGAAGGUAUCCUGGGAGCGUGGAACAUACGAAGCAUUAUCGGGGGCCUGAGAAGUAUAUUGGCAAGAAAGUUAUUACGAUUGGAGCUUCUGUCUCAGCUGCUGAUACUGCCGUGAGUCUGGUUGACAGCGCGCAGAGUCCAGUGAUUGCUGUUGUGCGUGGUCGGUAUAACAUGUAUUUCGGUGAUGAGGCAUUCCAGCACCCCAAAAUUCAACGGAGGCCGCCUAUCUCGCAUAUCACGAGUGAGAAGGGCGACAAAACUGUGCAUUUCGAAGGUGGCACUUCGGAGACUGGAGUUGACCAUCUCAUUUUUGGAACGGGCUUCAGCUGGACUCUGCCUUUCCUGCCGCAAGUUGCUACGCGGAAUAACCGUGUACCGGAUCUAUAUCAGCAUGUCUUCUAUAGACACGACCCGACACUGGUCUUUGUGGGGGCUGUCGGUGCUGGUUUGACCUUCAAGGUCUUUGAAUGGCAAGCUGUUGCUGCCGCCCGAGUUUUGGCCGGAAAGGCCACUCUGCCGCCAGUAACAGAACAGGAAGUAUGGGAGACCGACCGCAUUGCUUUGAAGAGCGAUGGACCCGGAUUCACCGUGCUCAACCCCGAGUUCGAAGCCUACUUUGAGGAUCUCCGACUCCUUGCGGGAGAACCGCAUGUUGGCACGCCAGGGCGACGCCUACCUCGGUUCGACCGAAAAUGGGUGGACGAUUUCAACGCCGGCCACGAUCGCAGAAAGAAGAUGUGGCGCAAGGCCAAUCAAGCGGCACGACUGUAG